AUGACGUUGAAAAUGACAUAUGAAAUCUGGAAGUUUUUGAAGGAGGAGUAUGAAGGCAGUGAGAGAAUCAAAGGAAUGCAAGCUUUGAAUCUGAUUCGAGAACUUGAGAUGCAAAGGAUGAAAGAUUCGGAGACAAUCAAAGAUUAUGCGAACAAGCUUCUUGGCAUUGCAAACAAAAUACGUCUUCUUGGCACUGAUAUUUCUGAUUCUCGAAUUGUUCAACAAAUACUUGUAACAAUUCUAGAAAGAUAUGAAGCCACAUUGACUUCCUUGAAAAACUCAAAAGAUCUUUCUACUAUUACCUUGGCAAAACUUUUGACUACACUUCAGGCUCCAAAACAAAGAAGACUCAUGAGAGAAGAAGGUCAUAUUGAAGGGGUUUUAGUAGCUAAAUUUAUGAAAAACAAGGGGCAUGUGGAGAAAAUAUACAAGUCAUCAAAAACACAAGAGAAUGUACAAGCUCUUAUUGAAGAGGAUGAAGAAGAAGAUCUUUUUGUUGUUUCUUGCUUUGCCACUGCAAGAUCAACAGAAAGUUGGCUAAUUGAUAGUGGUUGCACGAACCACAUGAUUAACGAUCAAGAAUUGUUCAAAUAUCUUGAUGCAACCUACAACACAAAUGUCAGAAUUGGAAACAGAGCAAAAAUAACAGUGAAGGGCAAAGGAACCAUCGCGAUCAAAGGUUGCACAGGUUUGAAAUUAAUUACUAAUGUUCUAUACGUUCUUAAAAUUGAUCAAAACUUGUUGAGUGUUGGCCAACUUCUAGAGAAAGACUAUAAAGUUUUAUUUGAAGAUAAAACCUGCAUGAUUAAAGAUUCAGAUAAUAAAGAAUUAUUCAGAGUUCGAAUGAAAGGAAGAGCUUUGCUUUGA